AUGGCGUCAAGCUGCGAGGCUGAGAGCUCCACUGCUGCGCUAAGACGUUCGCGCAAGUCUCGACCUUCCAAAGCUCGCAAGUUCAGAGGCGCGUGUGCAUCAGCACUGCUGCUCUCUGCUACCACAUUCAGCGGCGUCGACGCUCUCUUUGGCAUUGGCGAGAAGCGCUUCAAGUUCGAAGGUCUCAUCAAUGCAGGUGGCCUGGGUCUCGAUGGCAUCCAAGGGCAAGUAGCCGCCUGGGGAGACUGGAACGGAGACCAAUUCUUGGAUGCCAUCCUUGUCGAUUCUGACCGCCAGACCGCGAACGUUCAUCUAUGGGAUCGUGCCAGCUUUGCUUUUGGACACGAACCCGCAGCAAGCGUUCGGAUCGACGACGGCUCUAAGAUCACCAACGUGAUCGCAGCUGACAUCAAUUACGACGGCAGGCUCGACCUGCUCAUCAUGUCUCAGGACACCUCUGCUUCGACCAAACAGCUUUCGAUGCAGGUAUAUCUGGGCAAACCAGAUGGGAGCGCUUUCGAAUCAAUACCGCUCUCUGUACCAUCGUCAACGAUGGCCCAACCCAUUUCGCUGGAUGCUUCCGGCGACAUGCAGAUGGACUUGCUCGGACUCCCCUUCGGCGCUACUACAGCUGCAGGCAAGGACGCAUCCGAUCUCAAGAUUUGGCGCAAUCUCCUCGUAAACUCGACCAACAACACUGCCGCCUUCGACAUUGACGAUGCUCCGCUGCUGGACGCUACGAAAGCACCGUCAUGCAAGCUUGCAAAUCCACACAGCUCUGCCUUUGUGGAUCUCAACGGCGAUUGCCUGGCAGAUCUGUUCCUCGUCUGCUCCGAAGAAUCUUUCCUUAGCUCCAAGCUCACCUAUCAGAUUUGGACGGCCGUCAAACCAAAUUCCAAGGGAGAAGGAUCAGGCUUCAAACUCGCGUCGAGUGGCAAUCUUCCGCCUGGCACCGGUGCCUUGAGCUUUGGCGACAUCGAUCGCGACGGAACCAUCGAUGUCAUCUUUCCGACCUGUGAUCCAAGCGGAGAUCAGUGCUUCGUCAAUGUCGCCUUCAACCGUCAAGUGCCAUUAUGCUCACCACGCAUCGACGGAUUCUUCGGUGGUGGACCAGGCUAUGGCUCGCUCACGGCAGGGAAAAAGAGUAGCAAUGCUUCCAGCUCUCGCACAAGCACGUCGGAUAGCGCCACAGACAAGAAAGAGCCUGGCCUGCAAUGCAGGGAAGCUGAGGAUCUCUGUGUAGCAGACGACACCUUCCGUAUAAAUUUCGACGUCAGCAAGGACAAUGUUGAUCUGCUGCGUGUUGCCGUGGACAAGCUCACGGGCGACAGUCGCAUCCUGCUGAACGACGUGCUUGCGCCGUCUUAUCUCAGCUUGCCAAAUUCGCUCCAUUUGGGCGACUACAACAAGGACGGGUAUCCCGACCUCGUUCUGGUCACCAUUCCGGACCAGCUCGCAUCGGGAGGACGCAACAACGUGCGCGGAGGAGGCGAGACCCGCGUGCACAUCCUCCGAAACCUCGAUUGCAGCAAGGUACCCGCGAGCGAGAAAGUCGACCUCGGAUGUAUGCCGGAUCGCCCCGAGGCGAGAACCUUCAUCAAGGUGACCGCAGGCGCGGGGUCGAUCGAGGUGCUUCGAGACGUACGCAGUGCAAGCUGGCUCGAUAUCGACGAGGAUGGCUCGCUCGACUUGCUGUUGCAGCGGACACCUUCGACGUCGAAUGGGAUGGAUUCGAGUCGCCGCAUCACUUUUGCGCAGAACAACUACUUUCACGACUCUUUCUUCCUCAAAGCGCUCACGCUGAACGGAGCAUGUCAAAGUCUUUGCGAGCCGAAGGAUGCGCCCAAAUUCCAGCCAUGGGGGACAAACUACGGAGGAGCGUCUUACAAGUUCACCGUGCUCGAUCCGAACGGCGUACGACGUGCACAGCAAGUGGGACAACUCCCUCAGACUGGGUAUCGUUCCCUCCUUACUCCCUACAGCUACUUCGGCCUGGGCAGGACCAACAACUAUGUCGAGUCGCUAUUCAUCGGUUCAACACGCAGGCAGAAGGAGCACUUCCUGGCGUUGGAAGGAGUCAUCCCGAACAGUCAGGUGGUGAUCAAUCCUUGGCAAGGUGGAAAGGGCAGCGAAAGCGAAAGCGGUGGACCGUGGAUGUGGACCAAGCAGCUAUACUUGCAUCCUGGCGAUUGGAUACCUUGGGUGACGGUGGUGUUGAUCACCACCAUUGUUGGGUUGGCGGCGGUGGUGAUUGUGCUGCACGUCAACGAGAGGAGGGAGGACGAGAGGGAGCGGAAGCGCGCUGUGCAUGCGAUCAAUUUCGAUGCGCUUUGA